GAAAAAAAUGCCACACAGUGAGGUCCGCGGGAUGCCACUCUCCCGAGUCAUCCCCAAAUUCCAAAGACUGGAGACGGCCCGGACUUCCGUACGCGGACCCAAGAUGGCGGGGCCCCCGGUCGGGAAAACCACAUUCAAGAUGUCGGCUUCCGGUUUUUCCGGCGACGUCGCGCGUGGCCGGCGGGGCCACGCCCACUUCCGGCCCCUUUGCUCCGGCAUGGCUGCUUUGGGGACUUGGCUGUCCAUAGGUGUCCGGAGGUUGCACUGCAGUGCGGCGGCUCGGGCCGGCGGCCAGUGGCGACUAAAGCAGGGACUGGCUGCCAACUCUGCUGGCUAUGGGCCCCUCACGGAGCUUCCUGACUGGUCUUUCGCCGAGACGAAUUGUGCUGCUGACACAGGAAAUGGAUGCUGGAUUACAGGCAUGGAAGCUCAGGCAGCAGAAGUUGGAGGAAGAAAGGAAGCAGGAAAAAGGUCUUAA